AAAGAAGAAGCACACCCGAAAUCUGGCCACACAGAAGCGAAGGCAUUUAUUUCGCACGCAAAAUAAAAAUAUAAUGCAAAGAAAUUGACUGAAAUUCCGGCCGUAAAAUGCGAUCUGGACCAAUAGUCUAGUUUUUUGUUGUUGUUGGAUUCCUGAGGAAGUGAGUGAGCCUUCGCGUGAGACAGAGCGAGAGAGAGAGCGCGAGGGAGAGAGAGUGGAGCACGGAUCACGGAUCACUUGAAGUGGAUUUCUGGUCCUGUUUAUCCAAUCGCAAUGAUGCCCUACAAUGUACGGAAUGCCGGUGGCGGUAGCGUUGGCGGAAUACUCCGGCGCACGGGCCAAGUGUCCGGGUCCGGGUCCGUUUCCGGUUCCAGUUCCGGAUCCACAAUCCUGAGCAACGGAAGCGGCAGUGCGGGAGGAGCACCCGGAAUCGGAGGAUCCUCCUCCUCCAAUCUUGACCUGAACCACCGACAAACGCCGCUGGAACUGCUCGUUUUUGGUUACGCCUGCAAGAUUUUCCGCGACGACGAGAAGGCCAGGGAAAUGGACCACGGCAAGCAGCUAAUUCCCUGGAUGGGCGAUGUAAAUCUCAAGAUAGACAGAUACGAUGUGCGAGGCGCCCUCUGCGAACUGGGGCCCCACGAAGCGCCGCCAGGUGGAUAUGGCAACCGAUUGGAGUACCUGAGCGCCGAAGAACAGCGCGCCGAGCAACUUUGCGAGGAGGAGCGCUACCUGUUCCUUUACAACAACGAGGAGGAGCUGCGUCAAGAGGAGGACCUCAAGCGGCUGCAGCAGGAGACCUCCGGCGGCAACUACAGCCAGGUGGGCUUCCAGUACGAUGGCCAGUCAGCGGCUGCCCUCAGCGGCUCCUCCACAGCGCCCUCCCAACUCUCGCCGACCUCCGAGGAUAGCGAGCUGCCCUUCGUCCUGCCCUACACCUUGAUGAUGGCUCCUCCUCUGGGCAUGCAGCUGCCGGAUACUAUGAAGCAGCACGCUAUCAUUGAGAAGACGGCUCGCUUUAUCGCCACCCAGGGCGCUCAGAUGGAGAUCCUGAUCAAGGCCAAGCAGGCAAACAACAACCAGUUCGACUUUCUCACCCAGGGCGGCCAUUUACAGCCAUACUAUCGUCACCUUUUGGCCGCAAUCAAGGCGGCAAAGUUCCCACCCGCUCCGGAAACUCCGCUGGAUCAGCAGAAUCCCGACCAGGAAUCACAAUCAACCGACAACUUACACAGCGAGGAUGGCGGCGCGGAUGGAAGGCGGAACGCCAACCAAGUAGUCAUCACGGUGCCAACUAUCAAGUACAAACCCUCCGCUAACUGCGCCUACACCCAGCUGAUCAGCAAGAUCAAGGGCGUACCCCUGCAAGCAGUCCUCCUGGAAGAUGAGUCCAGUAAUCCUGAGGGAAAUUCACAACACUCGGGCGACACGGCCUCGCCCACGCCCAGCUGCCGAUCCGAAGGUCAUAACAGCCAGGGUGGCGGCGAAUUUACGCCCGUGCUGCUCCAGUACAACGGUAGUACGUUCACCCACGAAGAGGAGGCAACGGAACAGACUAGGGAGCAGCAACAGCCGGAUGCGAACGGGGGCAAGCCGCCGCAGGUGGAGCUGCUUAAGAACACGAGUGCUCUGGCCUUGGCCCAGAACUACAGCUCCGAGAGUGAGGAGGAGGAGGAGGAGGAAGAGCAGCCAGUGCAGCCGGAGAAGGAGCUUAAACCAGAGCCAGUGCUGACAUUUCCCGUUCCGGCGGAGAGUCUGCGGCACAUAAUCGACAAGACGGCCACGUACGUGAUCAAGAAUGGACGCCAGUUCGAGGAGACUCUUCGCACGAAGAGCGUGGAGCGCUUUAGUUUCCUGCUGCCGGCCAACGAGUUUUAUGCCUACUACCUGUACAAGGUGACGGGCGAUGUGGAUGCGGCCUCCAAGGAGGAGAAGACCCGCAAAGCGGCCGCCGUGGCUGCCGCCUUGAUGUCCAAGAAGGGUCUUAGUUUUGGCGGAGCGGCAGCCGCUGCGGCUGGCCACAAUCUGGAUAAGGCUCCUGUAAGUUUCUCCAUUCGCGCUCGGGAUGAGCAUGGUCCAUUGCAUCCCACUCUUCCGCAGGAGGCCAGCGACGAGGAAGCCAGUUCGAUUGCCGGACAGCUCGGGGCGGAGCAGGUGCGUCCGGGCAUGCCGGAUAGUGUGCAGCGGGCCAUCAAGCAGGUGGAGACGCAGCUGUUGGCCAGGACUGCCGGCCAGAAGGCAGGCGGCAGCUCCAUCUCCUCCUCUUCCUCGCCGCAGAAGGAGCAGCGCCAAGCUGAGGAGCGCGUGAAGGACAAGCUGGCGCAGAUUGCACGCGAGAAGCUGAACGGGAUGAUUUCACGGGAAAAACAAUUGCAGCUGGAGCGAAAGCGGAAGGCCAUGGCCUUUCUGAAUCAGAUAAAAGGUGAGUGUGCCACCGUGGGCUCAGCGGUACCGGGCGCUGCUCCAAAUCCUCCGGAGCCAGCGGCAGGAGCUUCCCAGUCGACGGCCGGCGAUAGUGACAACGAGUCCAACGAAUCUGUGCGCUCCAUACCCAUUACCUACUUUGGACCCGAAGACGACGAUGACGAGCAGCAUCAGAAGCCAGAGGUGAGACUCGAUGGGGAAAAGCAGGAGGUCGAAGAGGAGGAGGAGGACGACGAUGAUGAGGAUGGCGAUGGCGAUCUGGAGAAGUACAAUCUCUUGAAUGAUGACAGCACGAACACUUUUACCAGCAAGCCCGUGCUGCCUCCAGCGGCUCCUCCUCCUCCUGCUCCUACUCCUGCUGCCGUUCUGCUCUCCGACGACGACGACGUCCAGCUGGUGGCCACAAUCUCCUCCUCGCGAACAUCCAGCUCGCGCCACCGCAAAACUCAACGCCGAAGCAGGAGUCGCAGCCGGAAUGAGAGGAGUAGUGCCAGCAGCGCUUCCAGCCGAGAAUCCUCCCACCGCAGACGGCAAAAAAGCAGCACCACCAAACCAUCAUCAUCGUUAUCGAUCCUGGCUAGGAAAUCGCAGCAGCACCAUCAGCAGUUGCAGCCAAUGCAGCGCAGGAAGAGCCCCAAAAAGCGCAGGCGGAGCAUGAGUAGAAGCCGCUCGAGGAGCAUGCGGCGCAGCAGGAGCAGAAGCAUAUCGCGGACAAGCCGCCGGAGCAGAUCGCAUAGCAGAGAUCGUCAGCAGCAGAGGCGUCACACACCACCCACCAAGAAGAGCCACAAGCGGCACAAGCGACGCCGGCGCAGCAGCUCCCCCCGAUGAUGCCCCUGGACGUCCCUUCUGGCAACCUUUACAUUUCAAAGUUUUUCGUAGUAGUUCUCCACAAGUUGUAUCAAAUAAAGCACAAGCAUAUUUUCGUAAACAA